AUGGCACCUGUGGUCUCGCAGCGACCCUUGCGGAAGCUCGAAACCACCCAAUCGCAAUCAGAGAGGUACUCGUAUGGGCCGAAGCCAGUAUUAUCUAGAUACAUCUUGAAAGCGAACAAUUCGGCAACCUCAGAGCUCUGGUUUAAAGCUGGGAGGGGGCCGCACAGCGAGGCCAGGACAUCUAACCCGCUUGAAUUCACCUGGGCCACCCCCCAUCCAGCCCUGCGCAGCCUGGGGUCGGUGGCCACAAGAGAACUGCACGAGCCGUCGCCAAAACAUGGGCCUUCGAAGGCCCCCGAGAAGGAGGAGGAGGAGGAGGAGGCGUAG